GUUUUGCUCCUUCGCUUCAAGGAGCCGAUGUGCCACGUCUACAAAAUCGCCUACCGCGACACGUGUCUUGUCUAAAGCGUGUUGAACUGCGUGAGACUGAAACGUGUUGACAUCGAAGCGUGAAAUUCGAAAAUCCAACUAUACUCUUACUUGUAAACGCACCUAAAAUUCUCAGUAGCUGAGGCUCUAACCUUAGUGUCAAAUAGAGAGAGAGAGUUUGGUCAUCAGUUGAAUUAAGACUGAAUUGUCUUCCACCAGCAAAACAUUAGAAAUACUGAGUUACCAGGUCGUUGAAGUGUAAAAGACGGUUUUUUGACUAAUGUUUUUAAAAGAUACGAUCGCCCACAGCCCAGCAAACAAAGGAACUUUAUCUAACCAACACCAUUAAAGGAUAUGGACGUUUUCGAUUUGGCUUAUGGAAAGUUUUCUGAAGGAAUGGCUACUGAUAGAGACGAUCUCAGUGUCUCUGAUGACAGAAAAACAUCACCUACAUCGAAGUCUUCCUUCUUGUCUAAAAGUAGAGAAGAGGAUGCCAAGGUCCUAUACCAGAUAUCCUGCCUAUUGAACAAGAAAGGACAAAAGAAAAACAAAGUGAAUAAUAAUUUGCAUACAGAUGAAGACAAAAAUGGCAGCGAUUCAGAGUCCAGUGGUUUUGUGUCCCUUGACAAUGCGGGCAUUAAGGCAAGCACUGGAUAUGAAUCAAGGGAAAUCUUCACUGGUGAUCUCACCGAAGGAGAGAGAGAAGCGUUCUUGUUAGAGGGAUAUCCUAUUCUAAACCGUGGAUCUCCGUGCACUAAAUCCGAAGAAAGAGCACUCAAAAGGAUAAGAAGAAAGAUUAAAAACAAGCUUUCGGCACAAGAAAGUCGGAGAAAGAAAAAAGAAUACGUCGAAAGCCUAGAGAAAAGGGUGGACUACGUGAACUCCGAAAACAGCGUCUUGAGAGAACAGGUUGACUCCCUCAACAACACAGUAAGAUCUCUUCUCAAGGAGCUGAAAAGAAUCCAAGGAACAACUUCGAAAAUAAGCAGAGGAACUCAAUCAGGGACCUGUUUAAAGUGCUAUCUAACGAAAACAUCAAGAACAUCUCCAAACAAGGAAUAUACAUGCAGCAAUGAUUAGGAGUACCUUUCGUGUUACUGUAAAAAGACAUGCCACAGUACGGAAUGGACGACAUCCUUUGAGCCAAUAGCAUUGCCCGAGAUCACUGCUCAUCCAAUGGAAAAGCUUGUACACGUCACGCGCGUCACGUCACGUGUUUUCAUGUACAAAAUGUACCAUGUAGGGGCCUGCGUCAGGUACACACUCUUUUUUGGUGCGUGGUACAUAGGGCGUGGUCCUUAAGGUGUGGUCUUUAGGGCGGAUUCAAUAAUAAUAAUAUUUAAUACUAUAAAGCGCGAUUUUAACAUGUGAAUAUGAUCAAAUGCGCAUUAAUUCCAUUGGGUGUGUCCAUUGGGUGAGUUGGUACGUCUGUUUAGAAAAGAAUGACUCAUGUAAAAAAUCUUAUUUUAGCAGUUGAAUAUAGUUUAGUUUUAUAUGUACAUAAAAUAAAAAUGCUAAGUAGAUAUUACAUAAUGAUAUAAUAUAUCUAAUUGGCUGCUCAGUUUGUUUCUUAGCACUUAACUCAUACGUGCAGGCAUUUUUUCUAGUAUUUUGUAGACCUAGAGAGAGAGAGAGUCUGCUGCUUCCGUAGGAAGACUGGUAGCAAAUCUUAGUUACGCAUUAAAUAGUAGGCUGAAUUUGGAAAACACUCUUAUGCAUGUACAAAACACUCAGUUGAUGCGAUACAGUUCCCCUGCCACUCCCUCUAUCUAGUUUGAAAAACAACCCUUUAAAAAUACGUUAUUCGUGUACGUAGAUGAAUUGGCUCUGGUGUUUAACACCAUCUGGUAACUACAUAAACGUUUUCUGAGCUAGCAAACCAGGUGCAUUGUAGUCUAGAUUCAAUACAAACAUCUUUUUUUGUAUGCCUGAUCAUAUAUGGUGUUGUUUAAUUUGUACCCAAGCUAGACCACAAUGCAUCACGUUUAUCUAACUCAGGAAAACGUAUGUGCGUCCCUGACCUAAACGAUUGUAUUUUCAUUAUUUAAAUCUAUCUACGAAUUGCAACGUACGUACUCACAUGAAUUUAUCGUCCGCCACAUGUGCAUGCACAAUGAAAAUCGAUUUUGAAGCCAUUUUUCGAUCUUUAUAUUUUUGUACAGCUGUGCGCUAAUGAAAAAUAUAUAUAAAAUAAACAAAUAAGUUAACUUUUAGUCCACUUAUAAAACCCAGGCAGCGAACGAACUUAAACUACCGCUUAUGAUUACUUGUAUCUUACAUUUACCCUAGGUUCGACCUCCAGUGACUCUCUCGUUCGGUACCCCCACCAAAACCCCGAAAGGUUGUUCACAGACACAGAGCGACAAGUACUGGGGCGAGAGAGCCGCUGGCUUUAACAUAACUGUUAUUGACAUCGUUAUUUUAUUUCUUGAAUAUUUAAUAGUAUGUACAUAUUUAAAGUUGUUAAUAAAACAUGUAUUAAGAUA